CUUGCCGAGACGUACAGUUGCCAUCUAGGAAGGUCGCCAGCCACACAUUGACAUCAGCAUGGAGAUGACGACCUGGAGAAAGUUGGGGCUGACAGGGCUACUAGUGUACACAGCAUCACUGGAGGGCAGUUUUACAGGAGUGCUCGGACCAACAUUGCCAGCACUGCAAUGCCUCUUCGGUACCGAUUUAAAGACGAUCUCUAUCAUCUUCUUCGUGUUUGGUAUGAUGAAUGCCCUCGGCUCAGUGUUGGGCUGCUUCCUGUUGUCCAAGCUGGAGCUCCACCUUGUGAUGGCAGCGGCAACAACAAUAGCCCUUGCGUCACAGUGUGUCUUCCCAUUCCUGGACAGUGUGUACUCAGCAAUAGUCAUGUCCGCCAUUACCGCUCUAUGCAUAGGGGUGCUAUUUAACAGUCGUAUAUUCCGAGCAGAUGAUUUAUGGCCACACCAGCCGUUUGCUGUUCAUCUGGUCAUCGCUGGGUUCGCCCUGGGUCCUAUCAUAGCGUCCUUAGUGGCUGCCCCCUUCCUACACGAACAGGAAUCACCACCCAAUACGACCAUCCCCAUCACAGAAGACGGGUCGUUGUGUCCGAAUGAGACCCAUCGUGUUCAGUAUGUGUACGUAAUCCUCGCUUCCUCUGGCGUCCCUUUAUCUAUCAUCAUGUUCGUCCUGUACACGUUUUUCAGGCAGAGAUCUCCUUCCUACUCCACGAUCUUUGAAUCUCGUUCCACUGGCGACAGUUACAACAACCGACGAGGAUACACCCUUUUCCUUGUGUUUUUUUACCUUCUGUGUAUGCCUGCAGGAGGAAUAUUCGUAACUUAUGGCAACCUUCUUUCGACUUACGGAGUGAACAGCGCGAUGAACAUCAGCACCAGCUACAUGGCGUUAAUAACAGCGCUAUUCUGGGGAGCCUUUGUGACUGGGCGAAUCGUCAUGACAGUAAUCUCAAUCUUCAUUCGUCAGAUUUGGAUCAUAAUAGUUUGCUAUAUUGGUUUGUUUUCAGCAUCUGUAAUGCUUAUUGUCUUCGGACGAGAAAGUGAAACGUGGCUUGCAUCUGUUACAGCCUUUUUCGGAUUCUUCUGUGCUCCUUUCUCAGCACUGAGUUUCUCUUGGGCCAGGGAGCAUAUUCAGUUAACAGGAUUUGUAAUAGCUCUUGGAAGUGUGGGGGAAUACACAGGAGCUAUGGUCGGCCCCUACGUAGGGGGUGUGCUCAUAGGAACGUACGGAUCAGAUGCGUUUCUUUACGUUGUACUGGGCAUUGUAACCUAUCAGUUUUCUAUAUUUUGCUGUUUCUACUUCAUAGGCAAAUACGUACUCGACAAAAGGGUAGAUGAACGAAUACAGCUGCUUCAAACAAACGUAAAUGACUCAAGCUCUAACUCUGAUUAGUAAAAGUGUGUUUCGUGUGCCUGUCAGUGACUUUCCCCUGAUUGUGUUCGAUUGA